AUGUCCAGCUUGCCACUAUCGAAGAAAUGUUGCAUGUCUGGGCCUGAUCCAAAACCAAGUUCUAACUGCUCCCCUGCUUCUUCUAUAAUGUUUAAAGUCCCAUCAGAAUCAAGCAAUAAAAUGCCUAAAAAAGUCAGUGAAACAGACAUAGAUGAAGGUCUUUAUUCCCGGCAGCUGUAUGUCCUGGGCCAUGAGGCUAUGAAGUAUCUGCAGACAUCCAGUGUACUGGUGUCAGGCCUUCGGGGACUAGGUGUAGAAAUUGCCAAGAAUAUCAUCCUUGGUGGGGUCAAAGCUGUCACCCUGCAUGACCAGGGUACGGCCCAGUGGGCUGACCUCUCCUCGCAGUUCUACUUGCGGGAAGAGGACAUUGGUAAAAACCGGGCUGAGGUAUCACAGCCCCGACUUGCUGAACUCAACAGCUAUGUGCCUGUCAGCACCUACACUGGGGCCCUUGUUGAUGAGUUCCUUGCUGGUUUUCAGGUUGUUGUCCUCACCAACUCUCCUUUGGAGGACCAGCUGCAGGUGGGUGAAUUCUGUCAUACCCAUGGGAUCAAGCUGGUGGUAGCAGACACUCGGGGUCUCUUUGGGCAGCUGUUUUGUGACUUUGGAGAGGAAAUGAUUCUCACAGAUGCCAAUGGGGAACAGCCUCUCAGUGCUAUGAUUUCUAUGGUUACCAAGGAUAACCCUGGUGUUGUCACUUGCCUGGAUGAGGCCCGACAUGGGUUUGAGAGUGGUGACUUCGUCUCCUUCACAGAAGUUCAGGGCAUGAGUGAGCUCAACAGCAUCCACCCCAUAGAGAUCAAAGUCUUAGGUCCCUACACAUUUAGUAUCUGUGAUACUUCCAACUUCUCUGAGUACAUCCGAGGAGGCAUUGUCACUCAGGUCAAAGUAACUAAGAAGAUCACCUUUAAAUCCUUGCUUGCUUCACUGGCAGAGCCAGACUUUGUGAUAACAGAUUUUGCCAAGUAUUCUCACCCUGCUCAACUGCACAUUGGCUUCCAGGCCCUGCAUCAGUUCUGUGCUCAGUAUGGCCGGUCCCCUCGGUCCCACAAUGAGGAGGAUGCAACAGAACUGGUGACCAUAGCACAAGCUGUGAAUGCUCAAGCCACGCCAACAGUGCAGCAGCACAGUCUGGAUGAAAACCUCAUUCGGAAGCUGGCACAUGUAUCUGCUGGGGAUCUGGCACCCCUGAAUGCCUUUAUUGGGGGCCUGGCUGCACAGGAGGUUAUGAAGGCCUGCUCUGGAAAAUUUAUGCCUAUUAUGCAGUGGCUGUACUUUGAUGCUCUUGAGUGUCUCCCUGAGGACAAAGAAGCCCUUACAGAGGACAAAUGCCUUCCAUGCCAGAACCGAUAUGAUGGGCAGGUAGCUGUGUUUGGCUCGGUCCUGCAAGAGAAGCUGGGCAAACAGAGAUACUUCUUGGUGGGUGCAGGGGCCAUUGGCUGUGAGCUGCUCAAGAACUUUGCCAUGAUUGGGCUUGGCUGUGGGGAGGGCGGGGCAGUCAUCGUUACAGAUAUGGACACCAUUGAGAAAUCCAAUCUGAACAGACAGUUUCUCUUCCGGCCUUGGGAUGUCACAAAAUUGAAGUCUGAUACAGCUGCUGCAGCUGUGAGCCUGAUAAAUCCGCACAUUCGAGUGAUGAGCCAUCAGAAUCGUGUGGGCCCUGACACAGAGCAUGUUUAUGAUGAUGACUUCUUCCAAAACCUAGAUGGUGUGACCAAUGCUCUGGACAGUGUGGAUGCCCGAAUGUACAUGGACCGCCGCUGUGUGUACUAUCGUAAGCCACUGCUGGAGUCAGGCACACUAGGUACCAAGGGUAAUGUUCAAGUGGUUAUCCCCUUCCUGACGGAAUCAUACAGCUCCAGCCAGGACCCUCCUGAGAAGUCCAUCCCUAUCUGCACUCUGAAGAACUUUCCCAAUUCCAUUGAGCACACCUUGCAGUGGGCUCGAGAUGAAUUUGAAGGUCUCUUCAAACAGCCAGCAGAAAAUGUUAACCAAUACCUCAUAGACUCCAAAUUUGUAGAGAGAACACUGCACCUAGCAGGCACACAACCCCUCGAAGUGCUGGAGGCUGUGCAGCGCAGUCUGGUGCUACAGCGGCCACAGACCUGGGCUGACUGUGUGGCCUGGGCUUACCAACACUGGCAUACCCAGUACAAUAACAACAUCAGACAGUUGCUGCACAACUUUCCUCCUAAUCAGCUUACAAGCUCAGGAGCCCUUUUUUGGUCUGGACCUAAACGUUGUCCACACCCACUCAUUUUUGAUAUCAACAAUCCCCUGCAUCUGGACUAUGUGAUAGCUGCUGCCAACCUCUUUGCCCAGACCUAUGGGCUGAUAGGCUCUCGGGACCGAGCUGCUGUUGUCAUACUCAUUCAGUCUAUGCAGAUCCCUGAGUUCACACCCAAGUCUGGCAUCAAGAUCCAUAUUUCUGACCAGGAGCUGCAGACCAGUUCUUCUGUUGAUGAUAGUCAACUUCAGGAGCUCAAAGCCAUGCUGCCCAGCCCAGAGAACCUCUCCGGGUUCAAGAUGUACCCCAUCAACUUUGAGAAGGAUGAUGACAGCAACUUUCAUAUGGAUUUCAUUGUGGCUGCAUCCAACCUCCGUGCAGAAAACUAUAACAUCCCUGCUGCUGACCGGCAUAAGAGCAAGCUGAUUGCAGGGAAGAUCAUCCCAGCUAUUGCCACAACCACAUCAGCCAUAGUUGGCCUUGUUUGUUUGGAACUGUACAAGGUGGUACAGGGACACCAAAAGCUUGAAUCCUAUAAGAACAGCUUCAUCAACUUGGCUCUUCCAUUUUUCAGCUUUUCUCAGCCUCUUGCCCCACCUCGUCACCAGUACUGUAACCAAGAGUGGACCUUGUGGGAUCGCUUUGAGGUACAGGGACUGCAGCCUAAUGGUGAAGAGAUGACUCUCCAGCAGUUCCUUGACUACUUUAAGACAGAGUACAAAUUAGAGAUCACCAUGUUGUCUCAAGGUGUAUCCAUGCUCUAUUCCUUCUUCAUGCCUGCAAGCAAGCUCAAGGAACGGUUGGAACAGCCGAUGUCAGAAAUUGUGAAGAGAGUGUCCAAGCGAAAGCUGGGCCACCAUGUGCAAGCACUUGUGCUUGAGCUGUGCUGCAACGAUGAGAGUGGCGAGGACGUGGAGGUUCCCUAUGUACGAUACACCAUCCGCUGACCCCUCUACCUGCCUUUAUCUCAUUCCCAGUCAAGUCAAUAUCUAGUUCCUUUAUAGUUGUGUCAGACCUGAGCCCAGUCAGACACAUAAGUUUUUCUUCUUUUUGAGAAUUCUU